GCUUCUGUAGGCCUGCAGUUUUUAUUAUCCUAAUAAGCUAUAGUUAGCCUAGUAAAUGUAUUUUCACGAUGAGUUUCUGCGAAUGCCUGCAAUUUUUGUUAUGCUAAUAAGCUAUAUAGUUAGCUUAGUAAAUGUAUUUUCGCCGAAGAAUUUCUACGGUCAGUAUUUUGUGUAUUCGUGUAUUAUUCCCAAUCGCGGCAACGUGAAUAUCAAGUUCAGUGGAAAAUUUUGACGUGAAUAGAAUGCAUUCCUAUUUGAGCUUUAUUCACAUUCUUGUACUUCAUAUUUUGUUUGAAAUGUCUCAGAUAAAUUAGAAUAUAUGUCAUUAAAAUCCCAUAAUGGACGGAUUAUCAACAACGGUAAAAAGUGAAAUAGACACAAACUCGUUGAGUGUAUCAUGGGGCGCGAAUAUAUUCGACGUUGAUUGUUCAAUACUAUGCCCAAACAACACGGAAAUAUCACAGGACACACGCAAAAAUGAUUUACUUGAGCAACUCGGUCAAUUUUUUUACCCAAACGAGUCGCUCGAAACGCAAGAUUUGCACCCGUAUAUUGCACAAGAAGACGGCGAAAGUGAAUUUUCCGGGUUAAAUGGACUACCUGCUGAUUUUGAUGACCUGUUUGCUCCACUGACAGACGGCGAGCAAGAUUAUUUGGCGAACAAUUCCCCUACAUGCUCAUCGGGGUACGGCUCAUCACAAUCUUCUCUCAGCAGUAUAGAUUCUGGAGAAAUCCCAUUUCCUUUAUCACAAGCAACGGCUGAUGUUAGCAAUAACCCCAUGGAUUCAAGGUUACCUCCGCUGUCAACUGUGUUCUGUAACAAAAUGGUGGACCAGGGAAUAUCUAUAGAUAUCGAUUCAAUGAUAUUUCCAAAUUUAUCAUGUAAUUCAAAACCCGCUGAGUCCGUUUUAGAGAUGAAUGUACCGUAUUUUAUUGGUUCUCAGCAAAUACCUAAUUCCCAAGUUUGUCGAGCCAACGAUAACCGGAUUUUGAUUUGUCCUUCGGGCGCAGUAAAUGGAAUGCCGGUAUCGAAUUUCUCAGCAGUGAAUCAAUGUCGAGGUUCUGAAUCAGUAGAAUCGAAAAAACCAUCUCGUCCGAGGAAAAGAACAGCUAACGACAGAGAGAAAAAUCGAACACACAACGUUAAUUCUGCUUUCCAGAAUCUACGAAUGUUGAUUCCAACGGAUCCAAUCGACAGAAAAUUAUCGAAAGUCGAAACAUUGAGGCUGGCAAUAAGCUAUAUAAAUCAUUUGGGUAUGACGCUUCAUUCUGACGAAUGGAUUGAACAGCCUUGUUUAUCGAGACGAAGAACAACCAAUGGUGAGGAAUAUUUGUCAGUGACAGAAGGUCCAGUCUGUACGUUUUGUAUGAGCAAGACAAAGAUAAAUACAAAGAAACACACCAUCGAUUGAACAAGAAUCAAAGUAUAGUUAAAAAACUGUGAUGUACAGAAAUCUACGAAAGAGAGAAGUCACUUCUGUUGUUGUUAGAACAAGGUCUAUCAAUGUUCGGGAAUUUUUAUGAUUAUCGUCAUUUUAUAAAAGCUAAUUUAUUCGUAUAUGAAACAAAGUCAUAAUUUCUUUUGCUGUAAAUUUUCGCAUACAUGUAUUACAAUUUUUGAACGUGUAAUUUAUUGACAUAAUUUUCGAUAUCUUGUAUUUGGAUUACUUAGUUACACUAUUUUGAAUAUAUCUAUUCGAAUCUUGUUUAGUGUUAAAACGUAUCAAAUCUGUAUAAGAGAAGUUCCCUAUUAUUUCAUACCAACGUAUUAUUCUUUUUAAUGCUGUUUUUGAUACUUCUUUUGUCAUUGGUUUGCGUAUGAGCAAGUUUAUUUUAAUGGUGAAGUGAAGAGCUUUUGCUUAUUUAUUGUUGGUUUUACAACACUAUAUUUUUCAACUGCUAAAUUUUUGAUUUGAGCAUUCAAAGGAAUGUAAAUGUUUUCAUUUUGUAUUAGCAAACUAUCGAAUUUAUUGAAAGUGAUGUCUAGUAAUUAAAUAUCCCAACACCGCUGCACGCGAAGCGUCGCGGUGUAAUUUUAUUCUGUCACACAAUAUUACCGUGAAAAGCCGAUGAAUUACAUUAAGACAUCUAAUUGCAAAAGUGAAUAAGUAAUAAUACCAGAUGGUUUUAUAAACAAUAUUAUUAUAUUAUGAAUAUUAAUAAAUGAUAACAAAUUUUACUGACAUGGUGCCUAAUUAUAUACAACACAAGAAAUUUUGAAUUUUACCAUUUUCCUCACAUAUUUUGAUAUAUUGUAUCGGUUCCUAUAUAUAUAUAUAUAUAUUGCAUUAUUUAUUGGGUUUCUAGCAUGUGUUUUCUACGCUGUCACAAAUAUUUUUGCAUAUGAUUUAAAUUUGUAAUAAAAAAAACAGAAAUA